GAACGGCGAUCACUUCAACCGUACGAAAUCCGACACGAAGCCGACGGCCGGUGAGUUCACGACGAGACUGCCGAGGAAGAUGAAGAAAUCGGCGAGUUCUAAGUCUGCAUUCUCGCAUUUCGAAGCGGAGGAAAUCGUGGAGAGUCGCCGUCCGGCCACCGUGAAAGAAGGAAGGGACAAAAUAACGGAGAUAGACGACGAAGUGGACGCCAAGGCCGACGACUUCAUCAACAAAUUCAAGCAACAGCUGAAGUUGCAGAGGCUGGAAUCCAUUCUCAAGUACAAGGAGAUGGUCGGCAGAGGGAACGCGCAAUAGCAAGGCCAUCCUAAGGUGCUGCUUAGUGGGAGGAUCUUCUCCUCUCAAAAGACCAAGGGAGAGACUGCAUCCCUCUCCUUCGGCUCAGGAUAUCCUCCUUUCUUCAAAGCUCCUAGUGUAGAUAGAGUAAAAUCUGCCGGGGUCAUGCAAAUACAGAUAUUCUCCUAGUUUCUUUACUCACGAUUUUCUGUAUGUUUAAUUUCUUCCCACGAUCCAACAUCAAUUGUUGAUAGAGUAGAUGUUCUUUUGUGCAAAAUAUUUGUUGAUAAGAAGAGAUUAUUUCGUUUUGCUACUGCUCAACUGCUCACAUGCUGCUCAUGAAUUAAUUGUGCAUUUAACUUUUCACGUUUUA